AUGCUCCUGGCCGGCGACUCGGCAGGCGCACGUCCCGCCCCUCCGCCGCCACACCAGAAACCGGAAAAUGUGCUGAAGCGGGCUCACGAGCUCAUCGGGGUCAACCAGGCCCCGGCGGCUCUGACCCUGCUGCACGAGCACAUCACGUCGAAGCGGUCCCGCAAUGUCCCCAUCACGUCGCUUGAGCCGGUCAUGGUCCUGCUCGUGGAGUUGGCCGUCGAGCAGAAGAAGGGAAAGCUCGCCAAAGAUGCUCUUUACCAAUACAAGAACAUUGCCCAGAACACCAACGUGGGGACAAUAGAGCUCGUUCUGAAGAGGUUCAUCGAGUUGGCCUCCGAGAAGGUCACCGCCGCCCAGCAAAAGGCCGAAGAAGUACAGUCGAGCAUCGAGGCCAGCGCCGCCACUUCCAACGUUGAGGACCUCGAGGCCAGCGAGACCCCGGAAUCCAUCCUCCUUGCCACCGUCUCCGGUGAACAGUCCAAGGACCGCACCGACCGUGCCAUUGUUACACCCUGGCUGAAGUUCUUGUGGGAGGCGUAUCGCACCGUCCUGGACAUCCUGCGCAACAAUGCCCGGCUGGAGAUCCUCUACCAGAGCACGGCGAUGCAGGCCUUCGACUUCUGCCUCAAGUACACCCGCAAGACCGAAUUCCGCCGCCUUUGCGAGCUCCUCCGCAAUCAUGUCCAGACGGCCGCCAAAUACUCGGCCCAGAUGCACGCCAUCAACCUAAACGACCCAGACACCCUCCAGCGUCACCUGGAGACCCGUUUUCAGCAGCUUAACGUGGCCGUUGAGUUGGAGCUCUGGCAGGAGGCUUUCAGGAGUGUCGAGGACAUCCACACGCUGCUGAGCCUCAGCAAGCGCCCGCCCAAGAACAUCAUGAUGGCCAAUUAUUACGAGAAGCUCACCCGUAUCUUUUUGGUCGGCGAAAAUUACCUCUUCCACGCCGCCGCUUGGUCGCGCUACUUCAAUCUCCUGCGCCAAUCCGCCGCCCUGGUUGCCACUGGCCAGGGCAAGAAGGCCGACAACCCGCCUGCCAGCGAGGCUGACCUGCAGCGGGCCGCCACCUUCGUCGUCCUCUCGGCAUUGUCCAUCCCGGUCAUUAGCACGUCUCGAUCCCGCGGCGCCAUGGUCGACUUCGAUGAGGCCCGCAAAAACAAGAACUCGCGGCUGACGCACCUUCUCGGCCUGGCGCAGGCCCCGACCCGCGCCGGCCUCUUCCGCGAUGUGCUGUCCAAGGCUCUCCUACGCCGCGCCCGUCCCCAGAUCCGAGAGUUGUACAACAUCCUCGAGGUCGACUUCCACCCCCUGUCGAUUUGCCGGAAGAUCUCCCCCAUCCUCACCCAGAUUGGCGCCGACGAGGAGAUGCAAAAGUACAUCGCCCCGCUGCAGCAGGUCAUCCUCACCCGCCUGUUCCAGCAGCUCUCCCAGGUCUACGAGACCGUCGAUCUCGAGUUCGUCCAGAGCCUGGCCCAGUUCCCCGAGCCUUUCCAGGUCACGCGCGCCACCAUCGAGAAAUUCAUCAUGAACGGCAACAAGAAGGGCGAUCUCGCCAUCCGCAUGGACCAUGCUACCGGCGUCCUGAGCUUCGACGUCGACGUCUUUUCCUCGGCCAAGGCCGUUCACGCCGGCUCGGCUGCAGGGUCGGCCGAGAGCGAGACCGGUUCCGUCCAGCGUCUCCAGAGCACGCCUUCGCAGAUCGUCCGUUCGCAGCUCACCCGCCUCGCUGAGGUGCUCUACACAACAUGCCGCUAUAUCGACCCAUCUUUCAACGAGUCGCGCAUCAAGGCUCGCGACGCUGCCCUUGCUCGUGCCAAGGCCGGGGCGGAGAAGGAGCAUCUUGAGAUCCUCGCCAGGAAGGAGAUCAUCCAGAGGCGCAAAGACAAGGCCUCGGAGGCGCAGGCCCAGAGAGAAAAGGAGAAUGCUCGGAGGAAGAUGCUCCAGGAGCAAGCCCUCCAGCAGGCAGAGGCGCAGCGGCUGGCCGAGGAACAGAGGAUUCGAGAGCAGAAGCGGAUGGCCAACGAACGCCAGCAGAUCAAGAGGAAAGAGGUCGAGAACAUGCUUAAGGACAUGAAACUAGAGGACAUUGAGCUGGAGGAUCUUGAGAACCUCGACAGCAACAAGAUCCGCAUGAUCAAGCUUCAGCAGCUCGAGCGGGAGAAGAACAGCAUCGCCGAGAAGCUCCGUAUCACCGGAAAGCGCCUCGAUCAUCUGGAGCGUGCGUUCAGGAAGGAGGAAGCCAAGAAGCUGCCGGAGGACUACGCCAAGCAGUGCGAGCGUGAUCGGGCCGCCUACGAGCUGAUCAAGGCCCAGACGCUCAAGGACGCCGAGCGGAAGCACAAGGAGGACUUGGAGCUGAAGCACCGCUUAAGCCGUCUCAUGCCGUUCUACGAAGCCUUCCGGGCUGACCUGCACGAGCGCCGUCGCGACGUGUUCGAGAAGCGGCGGCGCGAUGCGGAGCGCGAGCUGGAGAAGCAGGUUGCCAUCCGGAGGAAGGAGCACCGCGAGAGGAAGCUGCGGGAGAAGCGCGAGCGCGAAGAGAGGGAGCGUGCGCAGCGGGAAGCCGAGGAGCGCGCCGCCCGGGAGAAGGAGGAGGAGAGGAAGCGGCAGGAGGCCCGCAAGGAGGAACUCGCCAGGAUGAGAGAGGAGCGCGAGAAGGAGCGCGAGAGGGCCAAGGAAGCCCAGGCUCGCCAGCAACAGCGCGAGGAGGAGGCCAUGGCGCGUCGCAGGGCCGAGAAGGCUGCCGCAGCAGCAAUGCCCAUCCGCGAGCGUAUCGAACCGGUCGCCGCGCCGGCGGUCGCUGCUGGUGGGCCGCCGCGUCUGCAGCUCGCCGGUAACAAGCCCAGCUGGAGAGAGCGCGAAGCGGCCAAGGCUGCUGCCGCCGCCGCCGCCGCUGCGGGCCAAACAGAAGCUGCCCCGCCGCCGGCGCGGGCCACUCCUCCGGCCAUGGGGAGGGCUGCUCCCCCCGCCCUGGAGCGGACCGAUUCCAGCGACAGAGCUGCCGCUACCGGCCCUCCGCGUCUCAACCUUGUCGGCGGCAAGAGCGGCCCCGGCUGGCGUGAGAGAGAGGCUGCCAAGGCUUUGGCUGGUGCAUCUGCGCCUGCCAGCCGCGGCACGCCCAUGGACCGCGCCGGCUCCGGUCGUGGUGGUGAGCGAGAUAAGGAGAACGGCCCGACGCCGGAGCCGCUGAAGGCGAGUGGCGCGCCGGGCAAGUAUGUACCCAAGUUCCGCCGGGAGAAUGCUGGUAAUUAGAGGGGUGGAUGGAAUGAAUGGGGGAGGUAAAAAAGGUCAGACCGGGGUUUGGUCGGAAGAGGGGACCGAGGGUUGUUUGACGAGGCGGAUGUCUCUUACUUCCUUCUCUUUUCCUUUUCCGCUCGUUGAUGGGGAUGUGUCACUGGAAACCCCGCUCGCUGGCGAGGUUUCUCCCCUACAAAUCGGUUGAACGGUGCAGUCCCUCAUUGUCACGGGCGCGCGCCGUCUCGAAGCAUAUUGUAACUAGAGCACCUAAGCAUCAUGGUCGUCACGUCUCGUCACGCAUGUCACUCAUGUUUUGGUUCAUGGGGAUCGGUGGGGGGGCCGGGAUAGGACAUGGGGAUGACCGACGACCUAGUUGAGACUGGCAAAAAGAGUGAUUCUGCUUUUUUC